AUCCUCAAUCCUCCCACACCAUUCCCUCUCACCCCUGCUUCACUCUCUUAUCCCUCCCCUUUCCUUCAAGCCACAAAAACCUUUCUUUUUCACCAGCUGCAAAACAAUGGCAAUUAGAAAAUCAUCCAAACUGCCUCAAACCGCAGUUCUCAAGCAAAUUCUCAAGAGAUGUUCCAGCUUAGGAAAGAAACAUGGCUACGACGAAGAUGGGCUCCCUCUUGACGUACCCAAAGGUCACUUUGCCGUUUAUGUUGGCGAAAACAGAAGCAGAUACAUUGUCCCCAUCUCAUUCUUGACUCACCCUGAAUUUCAAUGUUUGCUUCGACGAGCUGAGGAAGAGUUCGGGUUCGACCACGAUAUGGGCCUUACUAUCCCCUGUGAAGAAGUUGUUUUCCGCUCUCUCACAUCUAUGCUUAGAUGAAAAGUAUGGAAAAAAAAAUUUGAUAUGAAAGGGUUCGCUUGGAGAAGAUGCCCAAGAGAAGUAGCAGCAUUGUAUUUGUUUAGCUAGCUUCUCUUUUUUUUAACAUCAUUCUUCAUUGUGAUUCUCGAUUUUUUUUUCUUUUUGCCAUUUUGAACCCAUUAAUUUGGGUUUUUUAUGUUUAAUUAGUAACUAGUGACUCUAACUUAAACCCAAGAAUUAAAAUUUUCUGGGUUAAAUCAUUUGUAUAAAGUUUGUUUCCUCACAGAUUGUGGUUGUAAUACUGCUGUGAGAGAAGUUGGGUCUUGAUUAAUGAAAGCAAGGUAAUCAACCUAUUUAACUUCA